UGUGUUUGUUUAAUUUAUCGUCGUCGUCGUUUCAAACUGUAUUAUUGUACAGUGCGCAAUUAAAUCUAUAUUCUCUUACAUUCAGAAAAGUGCUGACUUAUUCAGGACCCGCGCGCUUACAUCAAACAGCUUGUGAUAAGACGUAAACUUGUAAUUGAUAAAAGAAGAGGUUAUAAUCACUUGUGAAGUACAGGUAGUUACUUCAUUGUAUCGUAUCCGAGCAUACGAAUAAUUUUAAAGAGUUAUUAAUGACUACCUGCAACAGAUAACCUACUGCUGGGCGGUAAUUUGUUUAUGUGAAGGUGGACCGCAUUAUUGCGCCAUCGUGUAGAAGCAGGUUAAAGUUCGUGUUGCCGUGAUGCCUGACAUCAAGAUUACCCCGCUGGGGGCGGGCCAGGAUGUCGGCAGGAGCUGUAUUCUUUUAUCCAUGGGAGGGAAGAACAUUAUGCUAGACUGUGGAAUGCAUAUGGGCUAUAACGACGAACGCCGCUUCCCGGAUUUCUCUUACAUUGUCCCUGAAGGCCCAAUCACGAGCCAGAUCGAUUGUGUCAUAAUCUCGCAUUUCCAUUUAGACCACUGUGGUGCUCUGCCUUACAUGUCGGAGAUGGUCGGCUACACUGGGCCGAUUUACAUGACACAUCCUACAAAAGCCAUCGCUCCUAUACUCCUAGAGGACAUGAGAAAAGUUGCAGUAGAAAGAAAAGGUGAGUCUAACUUCUUUACUUCUCAAAUGAUCAAAGAUUGCAUUAAGAAAGUUACUGCGGUAACACUGCACCAGUCGGUAAUGGUAGACAAUGAUUUGGAAAUAAAGGCGUACUAUGCUGGGCAUGUGCUGGGUGCUGCUAUGUUUUGGAUCAGAGUUGGAUCUCAGUCUGUCGUCUACACCGGUGACUACAAUAUGACUCCAGAUAGACAUUUAGGAGCUGCUUGGAUCGACAAGUGCAGACCCGAUUUGCUCAUAUCAGAGUCAACUUAUGCUACUACUAUCAGAGAUUCCAAAAGAUGCCGUGAAAGAGACUUCCUUAAGAAAGUCCAUGAAUGUGUAGAAAAGGGUGGUAAAGUCCUCAUCCCUGUUUUUGCUCUCGGCCGAGCCCAGGAACUCUGUAUAUUGUUGGAAACAUACUGGGAACGGAUGAAUCUUAAGUGCCCAGUGUACUUUGCUUUAGGCCUCACAGAAAAAGCAAACAAUUACUACAAAAUGUUCAUCACAUGGACAAAUCAGAAGAUCAGGAAGACUUUUGUUCAGAGAAACAUGUUUGAUUUUAAACAUAUUAAACCUUUUGAUAAGACAUACAUAGAUAACCCUGGUGCGAUGGUGGUUUUCGCAACCCCAGGCAUGUUACAUGCUGGACUGUCAUUAAACAUCUUCAAGAAAUGGGCACCUUACGAACAAAACAUGGUUAUCAUGCCUGGAUUCUGUGUGCAAGGAACUGUUGGUCAUAAGAUUUUAAAUGGAGCCAAAAAAGUAGAAUUUGAAAACCGUCAAGUGGUGGAAGUCAAAAUGGCAGUAGAAUACAUGUCUUUCUCUGCUCACGCUGAUGCUAAAGGCAUCAUGCAGCUGAUUCAGUAUUGCGAACCUAAGAAUGUCCUUCUAGUACAUGGUGAAGCACAGAAAAUGGAGUUUUUGAAGGACAAAAUUGAAAAGGAGUUCAAGAUUAACUGCUACAUGCCUGCCAACGGAGAGACUUGCACCAUUACAACUCCAACUAAAAUCCCAAUUGAUGUGUCUUUAAGGCUGCUGAAAGCUGAAUCAGUGAGAUACAAUGCUCAGCCACCAGAUCCAAAGAGACGGCGUGUAGUGAAUGGAAUUCUCUGUGUCAAAGACAAUAGACUUUCUCUCAUAGACAUUGAUGAAAUGUGCGAUGAAAUUGGCAUUAACAGGCAUGUCAUCCGUUUCACAAGCACUGUGCGUUUGGACGACCCGGGUCCAGCCCUCAAGACUGCAGAGAAGCUGAAAGGAUUACUAACAGAGAAGCUAUCAGGUUGGUCUAUCACUAUAUCUGAUGGCAACAUCUCUGUGGAAUCCGUGCUAAUUAAAGUUGAGGGUGACGAUGAAACUACAAAAAAUAUUUACGUCUCUUGGACUAACCAGGAUGAGGAUCUUGGCAGUUACAUAUUAGGAUUGCUGCAGUCUAUGGUUCAAUAAUUUUGUGAUAAGGCAUGAAUGCAUGUGUGCCUGAAGGCAUAGGAAUAAGAAUAAACUUAAAAAGUUACAAAU